AUGAUGAACAAGCUUACAACAAAACAAUUACAAAGGAUAGAAAAGAAGAAAAGAAAGAUAGAAGCAUUUUUAGAAAUUGCAAAGCUCAACGACAAGGAUAAGGAAGCAAAAUUACAGUCUCAGAAAGAGACAUCAGUUAUCAAUAAUGUAUCCAGUGAACAGAAUGAAAUAAAUCUGGCUGGAGAAGAUUCCAAUAAACAGUUUUGUAAUAUGGAUAUAGAUAAUGUAAACAAGCUGGCUUAUGUUAGAGAUGAAGGAGAUUCUGAAGCAAUAGAGGAAUCAGAAUUACAAGCAAAUAAAAAACCUAGAUUAAGUGGCAAAGAAUAUGCAUUCUUAAAACAAGAGCUUAGGGAACGUAAAAAAAGACUUUCAGCAAUUCCAAGGCUUAUUCUUACAUCAGGUGGUGAAAAUGCUACUAUAGAGGUAAGUCAAUUGGGAAAGAGGAUACCAAUAUUUCUCAGCGACAUACAGCAUCUUCUGCUAUAUUCAUUACUCGGGAAUAACUCUCCCUACUUACCAAAAAGAUGGUGUAACUUGGAGAAGUAUAAUAAGGUGACACAUACUGUAGUUCUUGUGAUCGAAGGAUUAUCAUUGUAUCAUUUUAUGGCGCAUGAGAGCAUGCUUCCACAUAUAACAAACAAUUUGAAGUACCAGUUGGAAGUAGUAACGCCUGCUAUCUAUGGAGCAUCUAUAACAGAAGAACUUGCAGCUGUCCCUUUAACAGGAACACAGAGUUCUAAAUUAAUCAAACGAUAUGGUUCUUUGGAAGCUGCUUUCCAGACAACCGGAAAUGUCAUAAAAUUAUUAAAAACCGUAUUCCCGGUGCAUUCAGUAAACAGUAAUAACAUGGAAAAUAAAACUUGCAAAAAUUUACCGCAAACUGACAAAUUUUGCAGAACAAAACUACUCUUGUCAUUAUGGCAAAUGGUGGAAGAAAAUUAUCCUGUACCUCUGAAAGGAAUUUUAGCAAAAAAAUACGAUUCAUAUAUAUUGACCAAGGACUCUUACGAAGAAGCUACAGCAAUGUCACCAAUGUUUGCCUUAGAUUGUGAAAUGUGUAGGACAACGAGCGGUAAUCUGGAACUUACUAGAAUUAGUGUUGUGGACGAGAAAAUGAAUAUUAUUUAUGAUAGCCUAGUGAAACCGGAAAAUACGAUAACGAACUAUCUGACUCGCUACAGUGGUAUUACCAAAGAAAUGUUGGAGGAUGUUACGGUUAAAUUAAGCGACGUACAGUGUAUGUUAAGAAAAAUAUUUCCGCCGGACGCGAUUCUCGUAGGACAAAGUUUGAAUUCUGAUCUACAUACGUUAAAAAUGAUGCAUCCUUAUAUUAUUGACACCUCCGUGAUAUUCAACGUAACUGGCGACAGGUAUAGGAAAACAAAACUACAGAUUUUGGCACAACAAUUUCUUGGAGAAACAAUUCAGGCUAAUAAAGCGGGACAUUGUUCGACAGAGGACUCUAAAGCUUCUAUGAAAUUGGUCCAAUUAAAAUUAGAGAAUAGCGUAAAUUACGGAGACGCAGUGUUGUUAGGUGACUGCGAUAUAGAAGUCUUGAAAAUGAAGGCGAGUGCAGAGACAAUGUCACAACGGGCGUUGCAGAAAAUGGAAGCCAAGAAAUAUGCCACGUCGAUAUUUAAUCACGUAACGAAGGACAAAAACACUGCCGCUAUCGUGGGCAAGGAGGAAGUGAUAGCGGAAUAUGCCAAAUAUCUAAAGAGUUCGUCUCUAAAUGUCAUGAGUGAUGCAAACUUUACUAAAGACGAUAAAGUACGUCUCGUAAUAGCGGACAACGAUAAACAUGCUAUAUCUCGGAGUUCCGAAAUCGUAAUGGACCACGGUUUCACAUUAUGCCAUGUAAAUAUUGGAGAAGAGCAAUUAAUGAACGAACGGAUAGAAAAAACAAUUCAUACUAUUAAUAAGUGGGUGGAUAAAAUUUGGCGAAGUAUUGCAAUGAAUGGUCUUGCGUGUGUGUUAUUUGGAGGACAAAAUAAUGGCGGAAGUGGUGCUUGUUUUUUAAAUAUCAAAAGGGAAAUCUCGCCCAUCACGUAAACUUAGAAGAACUUAGAAGACAUUACGAUUUGUUAUUCGUAUCAGUCUCUAAUCUAGUUGAAAUUAAAAAAAAAUCUAUUUCAUCGACGUUAUGACGUAAUAACCCGAAAAAAGAAUUGGGUCAGUCAAAAAGUUCGAUUUGAUUUUUAAAUCAAAUUUAAAGCUCCUGAUUUAUCAUGUUGGGUUGUGACGUAAGAAAUGUGAAAUAACGCGUUGAAAAUUCUUUUUUUUAAGUAAAAAGAUAUUUAUAUGAAAGAACACUUCAGAUCGCUUGGAUAUAUUCUUGUAAAAUGUUCCGAAAACUGUCCUUUUCUCUUGAUAGUCAAUAAAUAGCUGUAAAAUGAAUGUAGCAGAAUUGAGAAAAGAUAGAUUAAAAAGAAAGAUUGCUUGAUAAGUUAAUUUUAGGGAUAUUUACUAUCAAAGGAAAACGAUAAUUUUGGAAGCAUUUUACAAAUAUGGUUAAGCAAUCCAAAGUAUUAUUUCAUACAAAUAUCUUUUUACUUGGAAAUAGAACGUAAGAAUUUCAAACAUGUGUUUUCUCGCUUCUGAUGUCAUUAGUCAAGAGUUCCGCGGCAAGUAGUCAGGAGUCUUAACUUUAGUAACUUCUUACAACUGUGGUCAUUUAAUAUUUAUUAUAUUUAAUAAUAUUAUACUAAAUAAAAAGUGAAGUUAUACCAAAUAAAUUUUAUACUAAUUUAUCUUUAUUCCGGUAAUUUCGUGUAAACGAUGGUAUGUUAACUAGUAUGAUACAUCUUUUUGAUGCGUACUAGCUUCGUAUAUCGUUUACGCGCAUCGCCGAAAUUAAGAUAAUUAGAUAGAAUUAUUAUUUGAUAGGCGUAUCAAAUGAUCACAAAGAAUGCAAUCAAACAACUUAUUAUACUCAAUAAAGCAAAUUAUUCAUCUCAACUAAAUAAUCGCGAUCCUGUGGAUCCUAUGAUGCCUAUAAUUCUUAUGCCCAUUUCUACCAACUUUGGUUAACUUAACCGGCUGGUUAUUCCAACGGAAUUGACCAAUCGCAUCUAUCAAGUCUGACUACAAUGUGAUUGAUCAAUUCCAUUGGAAUAACCAACUGGUUAAGUUAACCAAAGUUGGUAGAAACGGACAUUAAUUAAUUGUAUUGGUAAUAUUAGUAUUGUUCCAACUUCUUGGUAAGUUAACUGAUAGUUAAUUAUAUGUGUGUCUUUGUCUAAGUUGAAGGAGAACAGAUAUAUGAUUUAAUCAUCAGUUAACUUACCAAACAGUUGGAAAAACCUGCCUAUCGUAGAAAGCGGUCGAUUUACUGUCGAAAAAGGUAAAAUAUCGAAUCGGACUUUUUGACCAAUCUAAAAACCACCUGUCACUCUGUAUAGAAAUUUGUUUGCUAGGUAUUGUAUAAAUAAUUACAUCAUUAAUAAACAUUUUUAUAAUUUUUA